AGCCCAGCUGCGCCAGGUCUCUAGCUUGGGGGGAGUCGUUUUCAGAGAGUGUGAGACCAGCUCAAAUUCCACGUCCUCUUGUAUUCCAGCUCUGAAGCUUCAGUACCUCCUUAGCUGGCAGCAAUUUCCCUAAGUGUUAACUGCAGCUGCAGUUGGGAAACAAGAAAAAGGCAGGCGGGAGCAGUAGCGAGUACCGAGUUCGUAUUGAGCUCCCGAGGAGAAAGGAAAAGGAGGGAAAGAGGCAGCCGCAGAGGCAUCAGCAGCAGCAGCAGCUGUGAGGCUUCGCUUUGCUUAAGGCUCCUUAACCUGCUGUACAUACGCGGCUCUGGAGGUUCGUUUUCUCUCUCACAGGGGAAGUCGAAGGCUCCCCUAUGAACCGCAAGACAGGCGAGAAUGUGGAGUACACUCUGCGGAGCCUGAGCAGCCUUAUGGGCGAGAGGCGGAGGAAGCAACAGGAUCUAGACUCGGGCAUCGCCUCUGGGGAACAGAGCCUCAUUGCUGCCACCGAGUCAUUCUGCAGCUUGCAGGGGAAUGGUGGCCCUGGCCCGGGCUCCAGCACCUACCUUGGCAACAGCGGAGAUCUGGAGCGGGCGGCGCGGCUGCAAUUCCAGCAGAACGAGACCCCUUCCUUCGUCUACGUUGUGUCAGUCUUCUCAGCCCUGGGCGGCUUCCUGUUUGGCUAUGACACGGGAGUGGUGUCCGGGGCUAUGCUGCUGCUGAAGCGGCAGCUCAGCCUGGACACAUUGUGGCAGGAAUUGCUGGUGUCUGGAACUGUGGGGGCAGCGGCCGUCUCGGCACUGGCCGGCGGGGCCCUCAACGGCGUAUUCGGCCGCCGCGCCGCCAUCCUGCUGGCUAGUGCCCUCUUCACUGCGGGCUCCGUGGUGCUGUCGGUGGCGCAGAAUAAGGAAACGCUGUUAUCGGGCCGAGUUGUCGUGGGGCUCGGAAUCGGUAUUGCUUCCAUGACAGUACCAGUGUAUAUUGCAGAAGUUUCUCCACCCAAUUUAAGAGGCAGAUUAGUUACUGUUAACACACUAUUCAUCACAGGAGGACAGUUCUUUGCAAGUGUUGUUGAUGGAGCCUUCAGUUAUCUUCCAAAGGAUGGAUGGAGGUAUAUGCUGGGCCUUUCAGCUAUCCCAGCAAUAAUACAAUUCCUUGGAUUUCUCUUUCUACCGGAAAGCCCAAGAUGGCUCAUUCAGAAAGGACAGACUCAGAAAGCUCGGAGAAUUUUGACACAGAUCCGAGGCAACCAGACAAUUGAUGAGGAAUAUGAUAGUAUCAAAAACAAUAUUGAAGAGGAGGAAAAAGAAGUUGGUUCAGCUGGACCUGUGAUCUACAGAAUGCUGACUUACCCUCCAACUCGCCGAGCUUUAAUUGUGGGUUGUGGCCUACAAAUGUUCCAACAGUUAUCGGGCAUUAACACCAUCAUGUAUUACAGUGCAACCAUUUUGCAGAUGUCAGGAGUUGAAGAUGAUAGACUUGCAAUAUGGCUAGCCUCAGUUACAGCUUUCACAAAUUUCAUCUUCACACUAGUAGGGGUCUGGCUUGUUGAGAAAGUGGGACGAAGAAAACUUACACUUGGUAGCUUAGCAGGUACUUCUGUUGCACUCACUAUCCUUGCUUUGGGAUUUUUGCUGUCAGCUCAGGUCUCACCACAAAUCUCUCUUAAGCCAACAGCUUCUUCAGUUCAGAACUCUUCUUGCACAAAGUACAGUUCUUGUGAUGGAUGCAUGCUUGAUCCAGGCUGUGGAUUCUGCUAUAAGAUGAACAAAUCAGAUGUGGUUGACUCCUCGUGUGUUCCAGUCAAUAAAGCAUCAGCAAAUGAGGCUGCCUGGGGCAGGUGUACUAAUGAAACUAAAUUCAAAGCAGAAGAGUUAUUUUGGGCUUACAAUUUCUGCCCAACUCCAUAUUCCUGGACUGCACUUUUGGGCCUUAUUUUAUAUCUCAUUUUCUUCGCACCUGGAAUGGGACCAAUGCCUUGGACAGUGAAUUCUGAAAUCUAUCCACUUUGGGCAAGAAGUACAGGAAAUGCAUGUUCAUCUGGAAUAAAUUGGAUUUUCAAUGUUGUAGUUUCACUGACUUUUCUACAUACAGCAGAGUACCUUACAUAUUAUGGAGCCUUUUUUCUCUAUGCUGGAUUUGCUUGUUUGGGACUCAUUUUCAUCUAUGGCUGUCUUCCUGAGACCAAAGGGCGAAAACUAGAGGAAAUUGAAUCAUUGUUUGAAAACAAAUUAUGCACAUGUGGUACUUUGGAUUCUGAUGAAGGGAGAUACAUAGAAUAUAUUCGGGUGAAGGGAAGCAAUUAUCAUCUUUCUGACAAUGAUGCUUCUGAUGUGGAAUAAGUUUCAGCUGCUGAUCCAUAUAAACAUUGAAAAAAAACUUCUGGGGGUAAAAUAAAAGCUUUUGGUGACUUUACUGUCCUAUGUCUGGUCUGGUUCUCCUUUUUACAGUCUAGUUUUAAAUACCUUCAUAAAAUAAUUGGAAAAUAAUAUGAGAUAAAUUUUAUUCAGGAACAGAAAUAAGAAAAUUGAUUCACAGAUAUCUAAAUCUACCAAUUCUUGGCCAAAAUUUUGUAGUCUCUGGUUAGUCUAAAAUGCAUUUAGUCCUCUAAGAUCCUUAUUUCUUAACACAAUAUUUGUGAUAUAGCAAAUAGAAAGUAAUCUAAAACAUUAAAAUGUGACUUACUUCUACCUGAAAAGAUUUUGGCUGUUAUUUGUGUGGUGUUACUCCCUCAAAAUGCCAUACCUGAAAUCAGUUUGAUCAACCAUAAUUUACCUAUUAAUGGCCAUUAAUUAACAAACAUUAUUUAAAAUUAUGUCAAAGUAUAAAAAGUCCUGAUCUAUUUCUCACCAUUAUAAUUUCAUAGAGUUUCUCUUUGAGGCCAAAUCAGGUUUUAUGAGAAGAUGCAAUAGAAUGACUCUGCAUUUAGAAUCUUUUGAUGAUAAUUUUGCUGUCCUCAAUUGGCACACAUAAGCUAAUACAGAUUGAUGAAUGCAUUUUAUUUUCCACCAAGAGAUUAAAAGAUUUUGACUGGAUUCUCUAAUUAAAUAGUAAUUUAGGUACUUAAUUUCAAACAGAAAAUAACAUCAGAUCACCAACUAUUUCAGGAAAUACUUUUUAUGGUGGCUAUAAUACCAAUUAAUAAUCACCUCUGGCUUAUUGAUAUUCAUGUUCUGCUUAUUUUUCUUUUAUUAGCACUAUGCAAAUAGCUCCUAACAGAUCUUCCCCCCAUUAAUUUAAUCAAAAGCAUGACUUUUGAAACAAUAACAAAAGCUAGUGAUAGCAAGCUUGUUUUUAGUGAUAUGUAUUUCCUUAAAAAUGGAUUUUCCACCCCCACCCUUGAUUUAUUAUACUAAUUAUACUGACCCAGAUAGUAUAUUGCUACCUAAUUGGGUUUGUGAAAUUUUACCACUACCCACUUCUCUUUUUUAACUCUUAAGGAAUAUGUUCGUUUUUAGUUUGCACAUCUUCCAUAUUUUUCUCAUGUUAAAUUAAGAAAACAGAUUUGUAUUUUUAUGCCUGCUUAGACUUUUCAUUUCCAAAUCUAAAAAUGAAAUAUUGGUUAUUGCAUAAGUUAAUGGAUCAGAUGUAUGUAACAAUAUUUAUAGCACCAUUUUAAAAUAUAUUUGUUUAAUGUCUUUAAAUACUGUUCAUUUCUCAUCUCCAUAUUUUAGCCUUUACAAUUUGGGGAGCUGUUCUUUUAAAAGAGUGCAACUACAAAUUAACAAUCUGAAAAGCCUGGAUAAUGUUUACCUAACCCAAGUAGCAUUCACAAUUACUUGAUUUUUAGCAAAGGAAAUAUAUAUUACAAACCCCGGAUGGGGCUAAUGUUCAGUGCAUUAAAAAAACUAGAAAAAUCCCAGUUCAGAUGAGACAAUAUAAUUUCUUUAGUAGUUGUAUUUUUUCCUUGUUAGUUUGUGACAGUUAUACAAGAUGGAGGUUGUCUUUUUUUUGUUUGUUUUAUACUGAACUUAAGACAGGACAUUAAUCUGCUGUUGAAUAUUUACCUUAACAGAAGUAAUUUAAUAUUCAAAAAGACAAUGGAUAAAUGUCAUCUAGAAGUAAAAGUCUGACAAUUAUGUUUAUUUGCCCCUAGAUUUGUUCAUUUACCCCUAAACUCUUAUUUCGAUAGUUAUUUAAGAGUUAGCACAAUGUGUAUGCAUGCAAUUGCAUCUCAAAUUACAAUUCAUUUGCAACUCCUUAGGAGCUAGUUAUGAUUACAAAGCACUGAUGCAUUUUUAGAAAAUAUAAACAAAAGUAUGUUUUGGAAAUAAUUCAGUUUAAUUCAGUUAAGAUUUGUCAAGUGCUUAUUAUGUGCAAGGUAUUAUGCUAGGCACUGGAGAUACAAAGCCGAAAAUAAAAUUGUCCCUGCCCUGAAGGAGUUUGCAUUUUAGUACUGGGUAAAAUAUUUACAUAGGUAAAUGCAAAAAAAAAAAAUUAAGAUGGAAGGAGUGGCAAGAACUGGGCCAUGAGGACAAGAAAAGAUCAAGAAAUACCUUAUGUAGGACUUGAGCUGUACCUUGAAAAAAACUAAGGAUUCUAUGAGGAAGAAGUAAAAAGGGAAUAGGAGACCACUUGGGUGCAAAAGUAGGAAAUGUGAGGUAGAAUUUCAUAUAUGGGGAACAGCUAGUAGACCAGUAUAAAUACAAAGCUAUUUUUAUGCAUAAAACUGGUUUCUAUACACCUAUAGGACAGAUUUCCAUCCUCUUAUGUUUUACAAGUUCUCUUCAUGGUUAUUUACAAUGAGGAUCUGGCCAAUUAAGUCCAUUCUCUAAGCUAGUUUAUAUGUAGGUUGAGGUCCUAAAACUGAAAAAAAUAUAUCAUGACAUCACUUUGUAUAAUAAAAGUAAUUAAUAUUUUACAUUGUGAUCCUCUCAUCUGAACAUUUGUUUCAAUGGUCAUAUUAAUUUCUUUUUCAUAAAAAUGUAAUUUAACGAAGAAUUUUGUUCUCUUGAUUUUUUUUUUUACCAUCUAUCUACAUUGGUAAAGUAGAAAAUUGGGCAACUGUGAUGUUAAACUACACUGAAAGUCUGAAAUUAUUCAGUGAAUUCAGCUUACAUACAAAGCAUCUGACCUGUUUUCUUCCCAAUUUUUUCUCCCAAUAUUUCCUGACAUAUCUAAAUAACCACUUCAAUUUUUCCAGUUUGUCUCUAUAUAUUGUCUUAAUUAUUUGCAUUUAGCUUUGCUGAAUCUUCAGUUAUUUCAUUACACAAAUUGGUUUGCCACUUUUCCCCAAAGUAGCAAUGUAUAUUUGAAACUUCCCACUUGUCUAUCUAUAAUAGGUAGAUAGAUAGGUAGAUAUAGAUAGAUAGGUAGAUAGGUGAAAAUGUGGUUGCUGAAAUCAACAAAUUAAUUAUUUUCUUAUUUGUUAUUGUACCUGUACUUCCAUCAGUUUAUAUAAAGGUAAAGAGGAUAUUCCACAUAUUUUUAAAUACUAGACCAAGGCACAAUAUGAGAAUUAUUUGUAAUUUCAAAACAUAAUAAAUACUUGAAAAGUGAGCCUUACAAAAUUAGAAUUUUGCUUUUUGAUUCAGUGAAGAUUUGUAGUAUAUGAAGAAAAUGAAGUUUAUAUUUUACAGAAUUUUUAAAUAUUAUGCUUUUUUAGUUCUAAUAGAAUGACUAACACUACAUACUUGACAGCAUUCCAUACAAAAUGCCACAAAUAAUGUUGGUAGCAUCUUUUCACAUAAUUUUUUGAUUUAUUAAAUUAAAAACAAUGUCUAAGGACAAAAUCAUUAAUUUUUUGAAAGAAAAUACAGAUUUCUUUCUAAAGUUGUUGUAUAUUUAAUUCAGGUGCAUUGUGCUUCAAUUCAAGAAAAGGUAAAAUCCCUGCUGUUUCAAAUUUUACUGCUUUAAAAUUUAGCUGCUUUGAAACUAAUUAGAAAAGAGAUAACAUUAAAUAUGUUUUAAUUAAAUUAUUAGAUUAAAAUAUAAUGAUAUUUCAGUUUUUGCUUCUAGCAGCUAUAUCAUUUGUUUAAAAUCAUAAUUACUUCUUGAAUAAUCAUGCAGGAGACACUAUAUUUUGUUCUAAAGAUGAUCUCAAAAUUAGCUUGAAAUGUAUUCAAGUAUUUUUAUAUCUUUUUCCUAGGUGAUAAUUUGUAAACUCUAUACACCACAAAAUAUUACUCUGUAACUUUAUUUCACUCAAUGAACUUUAUAUGAGUAUAUUUGAUAUAACAGGCCCUUUUAAAUUAUAAGAAAAAGGAUAAAUAAAUUGAAGCAAAGAAUCAUAAAUUAUUUAUUACCAUUUAAAAUCUGUUAUGUAGGGGAAAUUGUUAUCAAGGAAAAAGAAGUAGUUGCACAUAAGUUUAGAAAAACGGUUAAACUUCAUUUUAAAAACUCACAAAUAAUGUGGAAAAAAGAACUAUUCUACAAAAUGCACUCAAUACACAAUUUGAGAAAUGGAAAUAUUUGUUCCUAAUUUAUGUGUUAGCUUCUGAAUGUUAUAAUCAAUUUGUGGAAAAUAUUUAAAGCACUUAAAAUUAUGACAAUAUUAUGGGAUAAAAUUGUGAAGAUAUUUUCCCAUGAGCCAACAUUUUAUGAUUUUUCAAUCUGUAAAAUGUUUAUCAAGAUCUACCAAGUACUAAAAAAGACUGUCGUAUCAAAUUUCUAAUAACCAACUCUCAAUUUGUUGUAGUUGUUGCAAAGAGUUUUGUGUAUCACACACAAAUAUGUAACAGUAUGAGGGCAAAAUGCUUAAUGGAAAGUGUAGUUGUAGGUAACAGAGCUUAUACGUAGCUGCUGCCUAUAAAAAUGACUCCAAAUUUUUCUCUGGAUUAAUUUCAAAUCUUUGUUUUGUGAGCAGAAAUAUUGUUCUUUUUAAAAAAUCAAGCUUCAUAGCCUUUUGUACCCUAUGUCAACCUUAAUUUGUGAUAUAAUUUAGAUUGUGGCAGUCUUUCGAACGUCAGCAAAAUAAGCUCUUCUCUGGUGUUAGCAUUUUCUUGUCACUGUCUUCCAAAAGAGUAAAAUGCAUAAAGUUAAACAACUUGUCAUUAUUAACUGUGUAGAGAAUGCUGAUACUUAGAAAAGGAGUACUACAUGUGCUAAUAAUGAUCACUGUCAUAUUUUGUAUUGGUGUUAAUAGUGUUCAAAAUUAUAUGAGAAUAUUUUACUCAAAUAAUUGAUGUAAAUCUUUUACCUCUAUUGAAUAUAUAAUCUGUUGUUCUUGAGUAACUUGGCUUGUAUAAUUUUCAACGUGGUUAGCUUUCUUUGGUUUCAUUUUUCCACACUUUGGUUUUUGAUGGUUAGGUUCAUGGUUGAAAUUGUCACAUCAAUAUAAAUAAAAGUAGUAAAAAUGUAGUAAUUAAUAUGACUUACUUUACUAUUUUGAUGGAUCUGUGAUUUCAUCAAUAUGGGUAUUCCUUCCACUGAUGUAGAGUGUAAUACCAAAUAGCAAAGGAUAUUCUUAAAAUACAAAACCAAUGUUUCAUUAUUUUAGCAUGUUUUUUUAUGGAAAAGACUGAGGAGAGUUGACAUUUAAAAUGAAAACAGAAUUGAUAUUAUAAAUUGAUAUAUAAAUGUCCAAACUGUUUUCCUUGGAAUUUUUUGACUACUGCUUUUGUUGUUACAAUAUCUUUUAGAUGUAACAAUUAUUCAGAUUUAUAUUCAAAGUCUGUAAUAUCCAUUUAAAAUCAAUCAAAAAUAGUUUUGUGCUAUUCUUAAGAUAUUUCAAGAAACAUUUUAACUCCCAAGUGCAUGCUCAGUAAUUGAACAAUUACCGUGUAAUAGGAAAUCUAAUGUAUUGCCAGAGUUCAUAUUCAGAAUAUCUUUCAAUAGUGGUACAGAGUUUCCAUUUCCUUCACAUUCAUUAAAUCCUAUAUUAUAUAUAAGUGUAUAUAUCAAAGAAUCUAAGUGAUGUAAACUUAAUUGUCUUGUUGAAGUUAAAUCUUUACACAAAAUUUAAAUGUUUUGAAAGUAUGAGUGCUGGAAUUAUGAAUAAAAGAAAUAAAAGUUUAAAUAGUUCAUUACAA